UGUCGACUCUUUAAAAAGAAAGUUUUAUCAUCUGAGAGACGGUCAUUGCCUUUCGUCCUUCACGAACUGAAACUUUUUUCAAAACAAUUAGUUGAUCAAUCAUAACAUUAAGCGCUCUAUAUUUCUGUAACGCUACUUUUAGAUGGUGUUCUUUCAUCGAAUUGAUAAUUCUUCACCGUUCACCACCUCGUACAGAUGCUAUCCAGUUUCCUUUUUAGCCGAUAAUUUUCGUUCUAGCGUGGAAAAAGGAGGGAAAAUUAUCAUGCCUCCAUCUGCUUUAGAUGUACUUACACGACUGAACGUCCAGUACCCAAUGCUGUUCAAGCUAACUAACCAACAAGCAAACCGAACUACUCAUUGUGGUGUACUGGAAUUUGUUGCGGAUGAAGGGAGGAUUUAUGUUCCUUAUUGGAUGCUAAAAAAUCUACAUUUGGAAGAGGGUGGCCUGGUCUCUGUAGUUAAUGCAGCCUUACCUGUGGCUUCUUUCGCUCGUUUCCAGCCUCAGAGUACUGAUUUUCUGGACAUAUCUAACCCUAAAGCUGUACUGGAAAAUGCUCUUCGAGACUUUGCUUGCCUCACAGUCGGAGAUAUCAUUGCUAUCAACUACAAUGAGCGUAUAUAUGAGCUUAAAGUGUUGGAAACGAAACCGAAGGAUGCAGUCACUAUAAUUGAAUGUGACAUGAGCGUUGAUUUCGCACCUCCAGUUGGAUAUCAGCCUACUGAUUCUGGUUCUUCGAGCAAACAAAGUGAUAAAGAUCUACAUAAGAUCGAAGAAGAUCACAUAGAAAUCCCUUCAGUUGUUCAAGGAUUCCAGGCAUUUAGCGGUACAGGUUAUCGGUUAGAUGGAAAAAAUAAACAGGAUAAAACUGAUGAAACAGAUAAUGGUCAAUCAUUAGGGCAAUUGAAAGAAAGAGAAAGGGGUGUACCAAACUAUAAUUAUCGACCUGGAAGUUUAACAUUUUUCCGAAAUCUAAAACAAAUUACUGCAGAGCCACCAUCCGGAUAAUAACUCUAUCCAUUGAUUCUCAUUCAGAAGAUAUGUUUCAAUAGCCGGUUAAGUGAGUUUAUACUUGGUUACCGAACUGCAUUAAUAUUUUCUAAGGGUUAAUCAGUAAUUUUAUUUCCUAUUCAUUUCAAGUUGUGAAUAGUUGAAUGGGACAAGAAAUUUUGUUGGGAUUCAUAUUACUAUUUACUUAACUAUUGUUUGACAUUUUCUAUAAUAUAUAUAUAUAUUUACCUGUUUUUACAGAAAAUAGAAGAGCCUGUAUUCAAACCUUUCAGUGGUACAGGUCAUCAAUUGAAAUCACGCAAGAAAUGAAAGUCUAAUAUCCUCCAUAUUAAAUUAUUUGUCUCACUGUUUGUAACAAAGAUUUACACUGUCAAUUUUUCGAGUUUUAUUUCAUUUGUUUAGAAGCACUUGUAUAAUUUUGUUGUUAAUAUUUUUUGCGUAGUAACAAAUCUGUUAAAUUGACAGUUUUUCUCGAGUGUCCUCGCAUCCCACGCACUAUGAAAUGUCACCUUUUAUGAAAUAAUUUGUUUUUUUAUUUUUCAAAAGUCAGAUAGGACCUUGUGAUAUUUCACUGAUUAAAAUGAAAUUGACGUUAGGCUGUUGGAGACGAUUGUCGGUAAACUGUGGACUUAGGUUUCAUGCUAGUUGUCACUCUUCAGCUAGGCAUUUUUGCUAUCUUGAGCGGUAUAAAUAUGAAUUAGUGGUCAGUUAUUUAAUAAACAGUUAAGAUAAAAAAUGUCAAUCACCAAAACAAACAGUGGUUAUUCCAUCGAUCACGACCAAGACAUAAUAUAACGUAAUUUUGUGAUCGUGUAUUUGGUGCAAUGUAUAAUUAAUUUGUUCCAUCUAAAUUUACUGACAGUUUACUUAGUAGCUACUGAUUUUAGAAGUUCCAAGUUCGUUAUCAGUAUAUUGAUGAUAAACAAUUAGCAAUAUAAGGACGAUUUUCUAAGAAAUACAAAUGAAAUAGUAUUUACCCAUCAAGCAUUUUAAAGCCAAAUAAAAAAUAAAAUAUGUUAUAUUCAUUAAUUAUUAGUCGGUAGUGGACAGGAAUAAGGCAUCGUUAUUGGCGUUCAUAAUACAUCAGAAACUGAUCGACAUCCAAAAUGAAAAUUCGACAACCUACGAUUAUGAUUGUAUGAACAACAGAUCGUACUGUGUUAAGGAUGCUGAAUUCCCAAACACAACAUUAGGAUGAUGUCAAAUUUUGAAAUUCUUGUGGUGAUUAAAGCAAAUUUUCAUUUGUAU